CAGUCCGCGCCUGCUCCAUGGCGACCUAGGUUUUUCUUCUCUCCUCGAUCGACCGCGGACGCCUUCUCAGCCCCUUCCUCUCGUCUCCUCGCCGCGCGAAUUCGCCGCCGACGCCUACACGCGCCGCGCCCGCCGCCCGCGCCGUACGCCUUGGGUUAGCCACGUAUGCAGAUCAUGGAGGGCCAGCCCAUGGUGAGCUAUUCGGCAGGAUCAGUGAACUCUGUUGUCUACAAGCUCACCAAGCUAAAGGAUUGCUCCAUUGUAACUGAAGGGUUACACAAGGAUCUUAUGAUUCUUUUGGAGAGUUUUGGCCAAGUGGUUGUGUUGCCAAGUAAGAUGAAUUGGCAAGUCCAAGUGUGGAUGAAGAUGGUGAGGGAGUUGGUCUUCGACAUCGAGGACUGGAUCGAUCAGAUGCCGGUGAUGCCAAACACAGGGGACCAACAACUGGAUUUAGAAGAGGAAGUGAAAAUAUUCAAGGCCCGGAUCGAGCACGCGUGUGAGCUUUGUGAAAGAUGCGAUCUUGUUAUUGAAGUGCCGUCUGACCUUCGUGAUCCUGCUUCUUUACCCGGCCACAGCCAAGUUACAGUUGCUUCACAUAUACUUUUUGAGGAGAAAACUACCCUUGUCGGGAUGGAAGUUCCAAUGGAUGAGCUUGUCAAGCAUCUUACUGGUGAGCAUGAGAAAAGUCUGAAGGUGGUUUCCAUCCUAGGGAUGGAAGGCCUUGGUAAGACUACUCUUGGCAAUGAGAUUUAUUCAAAGAUUCGAGGGAACUUUGAGUGUCGAGCUUUUGUUACUCUUGGCCGGAGGCCAUCCAUUAGGGAGACUGUGCAGGAAAUACUUUGUCAAGUAAACCCCUCCGCGGAAAAGAAAAUGAACCUGAAGAUUGAUCCUAGGCGUGGAAGGGGCACAGCCCCGGAUCUGAAAAACCUCCUCGCUGAGCUUUCGAAGUACCUCGCCACAAAGAGGUAUUUCAUCUUAGUAGAUGGUUUAUGGAGCAUACAGGCUUGGAAAAUUAUCAAUUCUGCUUUGCCCAACGAGAAUAAUGGAAGCAGGGUUUUGACAACAACAUGCAUCAGUGCUGUUGCUCAACGUUGUUCUGUACAUCCCAUGGAUAUCUAUCAGAUUGAGCCACUUAACGAGGAGAUGUCUGCAAGAUUAUACCUAAAUUUAAUUCGACAAAAAGAAUGGCCGGCUGAUCAUGCUGAAGUAACCAAAAACAUGUUUGAAAUGUGUGGUGGCAUGCCAUUGGCCCUAGUUCUUGCAGCUGGCUUAUUAGCAUCAAAAUGCAAAGAACUACCAGAGUCCAAGAUAUCUGUUGUCUCAGCAGUGGAGCAAUAUUCCAAAUCAGAUGGGAUUAUGAAGAUACUGCAGAUGAGUUAUGAUGCUUUAUCUUUGCCUUUGAGGUCUUGUUUGUUGUACCUGAGUGUCUUUCGAGAAGGUUGCACCAUCAAGAAGGAUCGUCUGAUACGAUUAUGGAUUGCUGAAAGAUUUAUCCCUCGAAAAGAUGGUGAAAGAAGAGCACAGGAAGUAAGAGGUGACGGAGGAGAAGAAACGAGAGGUGAUGGAGGAGAAGAAACGAGAGGUGAAAUCAUAGGAUAUGAAAAUGGAGGUAAAGGAACAGCAGACGAAAAGAGCUUGUGGGAGACAGGGCAGCUCUACUUCAAAGAGCUCAUCAUCAGGAGACUGAUUGAGCCUGUGUUCAACUACGAUGAUGACCAGCCUGUGGGUUGCACCGUUCACGGUGUGGUUCUUGAUUUCAUUAAUUCUCUGUCAAGCAAAGGCAACUUUGUUACAGUUGGUGGUUCUCAUUUGAUCACAGACAUGGUUCGGCGAUUCUCGAUGGAUUGCUUUAACAACAAUGACAAAGACAGAGAUGCCACCUUAGCGUCAUUUGCUAUGCACUUAUCUAGAGUGCGAUCUAUCUCUGUGUUGGGUGAUAUUGAAGGGAUGGCUGGUCGUUCGGCCCUCACAUUUUCUGGAAAAAUCGAUGGGACUCCUGUUCUUCCAUCCUUCAAACUUUUAAGAGUACUUGAUCUGGAAGGUACUUAUCAUUUGAGAAGCCGCCAUCUUCAAGGCAUAGGGGGAUUGGUACUGUUGAGAUACCUGGGGGUUGCAGAGACUGCAAUCGAUUCUUUACCAGAGGAAAUCGGGGAGCUAGGGCAGCUGGAGACCCUGAAUUUGAGGAAGACAAAAAAGCUGAGCACUUUGCCUACUUCUAUAGCUAAACAGAAAAUGUUGGCACAUCUGUUAAUUGACUGCACCAUCAAACUGCCUAGCGAAAUCCUGCAAAUGCAAGGAUUAGAAGAAGUAUCAACUGUUGGUGUCUACAGUAACAGGUCAAUCGAUUCAGUGGCUGAGCUCUUGAGGAAGUCGGAGCGGCUGAGGGGCCUCGGCAUAAGAUUGGAUGGAUCACACUUAUCUAAUGAUAACAAGAGUGUCAGGACUUUCCUCAUGGAGGUUACAAGGUCUAAUAAGCUUACUUGCCUAUCACUUGAUUGCUUCAAUUUUGAUUUGCUUGACAUACGGCUGGAGUUCCCUCCAUCUGAUCAGCUCCGAAGAUUUGAGCUAAAAAUCUCGGUUCCGGUCCCCGGACGGAGUGCACACAUGAUGACCUCUCUUGUCAGCGUUACCCACUUGGAUAUUGAAAUUGUUCAGUUAGAAGAUGAAGCUGUCCGUGCCCUGGGAGGUUUGCCUCAUCUAGUCCUUCUCAAGUUAGUUUCUUCAGGUGGCAUAAGAUUCAGCUCACAACUCAAAUGGAACCCAGAAGGCAGGUGCAAAGUCGGCGUGGACCAUGGCUUUAAGUGUGUGAGAGUAUUAUCGCUCGUAUGCCGAUCUGGUGGGACGGAGCUGGAGUUCACAACAGGAGCCAUGAAGGAGCUACAGAGGCUGACGCUCGAUUUCAGUGCACGGGAAGCACUGUGUAUGUAUGGAAAUUUGAGUUUCGGCAUCGAGCAUCUCUCUUCCCUCACACGAGUCCAUGCCAGGAUUAGCUGCAAAUCUUCUGUAGCUUCGGAGGUGAAUACUGUGAAGGAUGCGAUACGAGAACAAGCAGGUAACUUGUCCAGCAAACCCACAAUCGAAUUCACUACAAUAAAUGAACACAUGAUAAUUCCUGAUCACAAAGCACAGACGCCAGCAACUUCCCCUAAAAUUUGGUUAAACGGGUGUAUCAACUUCAGAGGAGCAUCGUAAGAGGUCUGGAUGGAGUCAAUCUUAAUCACAUGCGGCUGAAGAACUCAUGCAAAACAGGACACGCGACAUUGUCUUCUGCAAGUGUAGCACAAAAUAAAAUCUUUACGUGUUGUAACCUGCAAGUGGAGUGGUAUGUACCUGCAAUCUUAUUUUAGGACUUGACAUAUAUGUGCUCGGUCGUUUAAUUUCUCUGUCUAUUAUGGUCAGCUGUUUUCCUCUACAAUGAUGCUAUGUACUUACAGUAUUAUGGAUUCAUGUUUAUGUAAACUAUUGCUGGAUGUCUUUAAUAGCAUUUUCGAAUAGAAUAUAGUUAGCUUGAAAAA